AUGGGGCACUUGGGCUUCCUGUGGGUAGUGGUGCUGGGGAGGGGUUUAAGGGGCUGUGUGUGGCUGGGGGGCUUCCCACUCACUGCCGCGAUCCCAGCCCUGUUGCCCUACGUGCCCCGCUUGGCCCCUGGUGCCAUGCCAGGGAAGGUGACGGCCACCACCUUUGUGCUGGAGAGACCCUGCUGCAUCUUCGACCCCCUUGCCAAUGCCUCCGAUGCUGUCUGGCUGGCUGUGGCUUUUGCUGAUGGUGAGCAUGUGCUGCAGUGGGGGGCAUUGGGAGUGUUCACCCCUGGCUGCUCACCCCACAUCUGUGACGUGCAGCUGCCAUCACCUUCAAAAACCCCACAUCCAGAGCGGAGGCCCCCAUAUGAGGGGCUGCCCACCGCCCGUGCCUACAUGACACUGGAGAUGGCAGCGGCCGCCUAUGGAUGCUCAGCUCCCAGUGCAGCCGUGCUGCGGGUCGGCGGGGACACAAUGUGCCAUGGCCGGGCACCAUGCAAUGGACCACUGCCCUCCCCGGGGCCCUACAGGGUGAAGUUCCUGCUGAUGGGCUGCAGCGGCCCCAAAGCGGAGACGAAGUGGUCCGACCCCAUCCUCCUGCGGAGAGCUCGCAGCCUGAGCACCAUUGACCCCACACCAGCACGUCGCAGCAGCACCGCAGUCAUCAUCGCUGCCAUCCUGGCCAGCCUGGGUGCUGCGCUGGCCAUGGCCAUGCUGGGAGCUGUGGGGUACGAGUGGGGCACGGGGAUUUUAAGACAGUUUUUUUCUUAUACUGGGGGGUUUGCUGUAUUUUGGAAAUGGGGUGGGGUGGUUUCUGCGGUGUUUGAGCUGCAUGGACCCUGCUUGAUGCCUCACCAUCUCUUCCUACAGCACCCAGGUGUGCGUCCCACUGUGCUGCUGGGACCUGGGCACCCACCUGCCCUACAGGACCCACCACGUCCCUCCAGCCCUGCCCCACACGCUGCCCCCCACCUGCAUCUGUGGCUGCACGCCGCGGCCCCGUGGCCCAUGGCCCACCAAGUAAAAUCACUUCCAUCCUUAAUUGCUUCUUUUGUUGUCUUUCAACCCAACCACCAGAACAUGGCCUGGACGUGCUGGGUGUGCCAUCCCCGCAGACCCCCAGGGUCAAUCUGGAGGGGCUCUGAGUGUUGAUGGAGCUGUGGGCGUCCCCGUGCAUUGCAGGCAGUGGGACCAGUCUGACUUAAACCACGGCUCUGUGAUGGUUCUAUGAUCUUGGGGCACACGUCUCAUGCAAUGCUGGAUGCUUUUUUUACCAUGGGAUGGGGACACCAGGACGUGGGUUCACCCAUCCCACGGGCACCCCUCUGGGAAUGGCACUUUGGGACCCACCCGUGCCACGAGCGUCACAGUGCUCAGCACACCACCCAGAGGGCA